CUGCUGGGAAGCCGCCUCCUCUCCGGGUCUUCCAGUUUCCCGGCGUGCUUCGGGCCCGCCAAAUGGGAGGGGGAGACGCAAGAUGGCGGCAGCCGCGAACUCCAGCUCUACCCUCCCGCUUUUCGACUGUCCGACCUGGGCAGGUAAACCCCCACCUGGUUUACAUCUGGAUGUAGUCAAAGGAGACAAACUAAUUGAGAAACUGAUUAUUGAUGAGAAGAAGUAUUACUUAUUUGGGAGAAACCCUGAUUUGUGUGACUUUACCAUUGACCACCAGUCUUGCUCUCGGGUCCAUGCUGCACUGGUUUACCACAAGCAUCUGAAGAGAGUUUUCCUGAUUGAUCUGAACAGUACACACGGCACUUUCUUAGGUCACAUUCGGUUGGAACCUCACAAGCCUCAGCAAAUUCCCAUCGACUCCACGGUCUCAUUUGGUGCAUCCACAAGGGCGUACACUCUGCGUGAGAAGCCUCAGACACUGCCAUCAGCUGUGAAAGGAGAUGAGAAGAUGGGUGGAGAAGAUGAUGAACUCAAGGGCUUACUGGGGCUUCCAGAGGAAGAAACCGAGCUCGAUAAUCUGACAGAGUUUAACACUGCCCACAACAAGCGGAUUUCUACCCUCACUAUUGAGGAGGGAAAUCUAGACAUUCAGAGACCAAAGAGGAAGCGGAAGAACUCACGGGUGACUUUCAGUGAGGAUGAUGAAAUCAUCAAUCCAGAGGAUGUGGAUCCCUCAGUUGGUCGCUUCCGGAACAUGGUGCAGACUGCAGUGGUCCCAGUCAAGAAGAAGCGGGUGGAAGGCCCUGGCUCCCUGGGCUUGGAGGAAUCAGGGAGCAGGCGCAUGCAGAACUUUGCCUUCAGUGGAGGACUCUACGGGGGCCUGCCCCCCACGCACAGUGAGGCGGGCUCCCAGCCGCAUGGCACCCACGGGACAGCGCUCAUCGGCGGCUUGCCCAUGCCGUACCCGAACCUCGCCCCUGAGGUGGACUUGACUCCUGUCGUGCCGUCAGCAGUGAACGUGAACCCCACGCCCAACCCUGUGGCCUAUAACCCGGAAGCCGUUAAUGAACCCAAAAAGAAGAAAUACGCAAAAGAGGCUUGGCCGGGCAAGAAGCCCACACCUUCCUUGCUGAUCUGAUAUUUUUGGUUAUGGAGAAGGGUGGGGUUGGGUGGGAGUCGGGUGGAAGGGUGACAGGGGAGCUAAUGUACAAGGGAGAGAAACUUUCCAUGUGUGCAGUUCCGUCUUUCAGAAUGUCUCCUGGGUCCUGACCGAGUAUAUAAGACUGGGGUGGGCUGAAACAUCCCCUGAAGCUGUCUUCACAACACUGCUGGUGUACAGAAAGGUUUUGUAGGUUGUUUUUAGCACACUGCUCUGGCUCUUUCUCAGGCCUUCACCCUUCUCCCUCUCUAGUAUCAUUUUUAUGUGAUGUCGCAUAGCCCAGGUAGAAUCCCGAGCUGUGGAGGUAGCAGUAGCCUCACCAGUUUUGGGAUCCAGCAGCCUCAUUUACAUUUACUAUCCUUGUAAAUCCCAGGUAGCAAAAGGGUUGCCGUGGAUCCCAGGUUGAUCAAAAAGGUUUAGCAUUUUAAAGUUAAGAUAAAGUUUAAACUCAAAAAUGUUUCCUUGGGUCACUGGUUUUGAGGUCCAAUAGUUAGGCUUUUCUCUUGUGUCUUUUCUGUUGGAAUGAGAACACAUUUGAUUUCCCUUUGUGACCAGUACAGGUCCAUAGUUUUUAACUUGCAGUAUUGUUUGAACUUUACCUGUGUUCUUGUCAAACCUGAGCACUCCACUUUCCUAAGUUUCUCGUUUAGUUCCAGAGCACUGUCCUCUACUCUCUGAGGUAUUACUGUCCUUUUUCAGUGUGUUAUGUUUUUGUUCUUUGGUUUUUGAUUUUUUUUGAGACAGGGUCUCGCUGUGUAGUGCAGGCUGGUCUUGAACUCACUGCGAUCCUCCUGCCUCAGUCUCCCGAGUGCUAGGAUUAUAGGCAUCCACCACCAUACAUACCUAGCUUUCAGUGUGUUAUGAAGGCAAUUUUUUGCCAGGAUAUGACGAAUUAGGUCAAUUCAAAUUAAAAAGAAAAUAUUUUACUUUGCAAGCAACUGAUGUCUCUCCAGAGGACAUUUUUAUCUGUUGGUUUGGAGGCUCUUCUCCCCUCAGUUGAGAGCUCUGCUUCCUCAGAGCUCUAAGACUGGACCUGGCUAACAACAGGAGACAGAGGUAGGAAACGUUGAUAGGAGCUUUGUACAGAGAUUUGUACAUUUGUGUAAUAGGGCUUUUCAUGCUUAAUGUGUAGCUUUUUACCUGUAACCUUUAUUACAUUGUAAAUUAAAUGUAACUUUUGUCACU